CCGGUACCUGAACACGUACCACGACGGGAUUAGCGACGAGGCACAGGGAGUGGAACAAGUUCGAGGAGAAGGAUUACGUGGAGCUAGGGUCUAGCGGGCUCAUGGUUUUUAGGAUUGGGUAUGGUGGGAUGAUGGUCGGGGGCCAGAUGAGCGAGGAGCAAACGCACGAAACACUCAACCACGCUUUUGACGUGGCCGGUAUGAACUGGUUGGACACGUCCGAGAGCUUCCCGCACCCUAUUCUUCCGGAGCACGCGCACAAGGCUGACCCGAUCAUUGGCUCCUGGCUCAAGGGGCGAGAUAGGUCUAAGGUUAUCCUCUGCACGAAGGUGGCGGGGCGGCACGAGCAGAUGACUUGGCUUCGCAAGGACGGCACCUUCCCCAAGCUCACCCGCGACCACGUGAUGGAGAGCGUGCACGGCAGCCUUGAGAGGAUGGGCACGGACUACAUCGAUGUCCUGUCUUUCGGAGACUGGCCAGAGAGACAAACACAGCACCCCGGAAACUAUUUCUGGAAAAAAUCGGACGAGCACCAGACGUACAUGGACUUUGAGGAGCAGCUCAUGAUCGUCCAGGAGCUCAAGGAGCAGGGGCUGGUGCGUCACGUGGCCACGGCGGGCGACACGGCGUUCGGGGUUACUCGGUACUGCGAGCACGCGAUCUGGGACGAGCUGCCGAAGAUCGCCUUCUGCACCCAGGAGUACAACCUCUUCACGCAGAACAAGGUCGAGUUCGACCUUGUGGAGGCGUGCACCCCGAGGCAGGAGAACGUGGCUAUCGUGGCUACCCAGACCUUGGGGGGGGGUGUCUUCAGCGGCAAGUACCUGUACGAGCGCAACCAGUGGGACAGGAAAACGGGGCUCCGUCUGAACGACUACCCCGGCUUCCAGGGGCGGUACAACUCCCCGAGGAUGCGCAGCCAGCUCGACGUCUACCAGAAGAUCGCGAGCAAGUACGACAUGUCCGUGCACCAGCUGGCCACGGCCUUCGUCCACAACAAGCCGUUCAUCACGGCCGCCCUGGUCGGCGCGACGAACAAGUACCAGAUCGACCAGAACAUCGCCGCCCUCGAUACCGUCCUCCCGGAAGAAUGUUGCAGGGACAUUAUCGCGGUGCAAGACGCCGACAUCGAGCCCAUGCUGGGCCCUUCCGAGGUGGAGCCCAUGCUGACGGCCUACCAGGACAACCUGGGCCAGGAGUUCGCCAACGUGGACGACGAGAACACCAACUUCUGGGGCAGGAUCGACGGUGACUACGAGGGGCCGUGAGACCGUUUCGGUCCACAGCGGCGGCGGCGGCGGCGGCGGUGUACCACUAUUUGUUUAGCAUCCGUUGGCGCGUGCGGGUUGCUGUGCCCCCGACCGAGCAGAAAAGACACGGAUGUGUAGUAUGUGGUGUUCUUGGCAAGAUCGGUUCAAUCGUCCAUUAAAGACGGGAACAAACGUGGGUGUAGGUUGGGCGUUGGUUGCAUUUUUCGUCGUCUUGACGCUUGGACACGUGAGGGGAAGAAGCCUGCAAGAAGAUAGCUAGCGGUUUCGGUGUGUGCGCCAACGGGGGCGCGCACCGAAUUUUAGUCUGGCACAGCAGGAAAGGAUGAAGUGCGAGUGCGAUGGAUAACCGCUGUUUUUUUCGGCAUCGAUCGGUCGACUAGUGCAUGCUCAACACGAGGAAUAAGAACGAUGACUACAGGCAACACCGUAGUGUUGUUACUUGUUAC